UGUUUGUUUUAUUUUUUUUUUGUGUGAGUGAGUGCGUGACUCUGACUCAUCAAAGUGAACACACUUACCAAUACAGUUCACAGUUCACAGUUCCCAGUAGUGGUGGAAGCGCGCGAAGAGGGGAAAUUCAGGUAAUUAGGGUUUGAUGGAAGAGGCGAAAGUGGAAACUCCGAUGACAACGUGGAGAGACAAUUGUUCGCAGAGUUUGAGCCCUAGAGCGCGCAUUGUCUCCGUUGCCUCCAACAUCGCUUCCCAGCCUCUUCACAACCCCGACCCUCAAGUUUGGGGCGUUCUCACUGCCGUCUCCUACAAUGCCCGCAAAAGGCACCAGGGAAUUAACAUUUUAUUAACUGCUAAUGAGCACUGCAUUGGUCGAUUGGUAGAGGAUGUGCGUUUCCAGAUUGAUUCAAAUUCCGUUAGUGCAAAUCAUUGCCGAAUAUACAGGAUGAAAGUUACUAAUGAAAAUAUGGAGAAUGCCACAUCAAUAUUCUUGAAAGAUGCAAGCACAAAUGGAACUUACCUUAACUGGGAGAGAUUGAAAAAGAAUGGCGCUGCUGUGAAAGUUUGCCAUGGCGAUAUUAUAUCAUUUGCUGCUCCUCCGCAGCAUGAUCUGGCAUUUGCUUUUGUAUUUCGAGAGGCGCUUGUGCCCAGCCUCAUGCCAGAUAAUGCAGUUGCUAAACGAAAAGCAGAGGAUUUUGUUUCCGAUAACAAGAGAUUGAAAGGUUUAGGCAUCGGUGCUCCUGAGGGUCCCAUAUCUCUAGAUGAUUUUCGAAGUCUUCAAAGAUCAAACAUGGAAUUGAGAAAGCAAUUGGAGAAUCAGGUGGUUACAGUUGAUACUUUGCGUAGUGACAACUGUGCAGCUGUUGAAUGCCAUGAAAGUGAAUUAAAAUCAGUCAAAGAGUCGGUUGCAAAAUGUUACCUUGAUCAAUUAAAAGCAUUACAGCAAAUGGUGGAUCUCAAACAUAAGGAAUUAGGGGAUCUCAACAGAGCGUCUGCUGCACAAAAACAUGCCAUGGAAGACCUUAAUGAAAGGCUUAGUGCUUCUACGCAGUCAUGUGCUGAAGCAAAUUCUAUAAUAAGUAGCCAAAAGGUAAAUAUAGCUGAACUGAAGGAACAAUUAGAUGAAGAGUGGACUCAACGAAAAGAAGAGCGAGAAAAGGCUGCAGGUGAUCUAAAAGCUGCUGUUCAUAGAGCCCAGUCUGAGGCUCAAGAGGAAUUAAAACGACUCUCAGAUGCUUCCUUAAGAAGAGAAAGAGAGCUACAAGAAACAAUAAAUAAGCUACAGGAGUCAGAGAGAGAAAUGUCUUUGCUGGUUGAAACCUUGAGGUCCAAACUGGAAGAUACCAGGCAAAAAUUGGUUGUAUCUGAUAAUAAGGUCCGUCAAUUGGAAGCCCAAGUACAUGAAGAGAAGCUUGCCAAUGAAAAUGAAAUGAAGAAAGUAGAACUUGAACAACAGGAAACAAGAAGAUUAAGGAAAGAGCUUGAGAGCGAAAAGCAGGCAGCUCGAGAAGAAGCUUGGGCUAAAGUUUCUGUUCUUGAGCUUGAGAUAAAUGCUGCAAUGCGAGAUCUUGAUUUUGAGAGGCGGAGGUUGAAAGGUGCCAGGGAAAGACUUAUGCUUCGGGAAACACAGCUUCGAGCAUUUUAUUCAACUACUGAAGAGAUACAAGUAUUGUUUGCUAAGCAACAGGAACAAUUGAAGUCUAUGCAGAGAACUCUAGAAGAUGAUGAAAAUUAUGAGAAUACUUUUGUAGACAUGGAUGGAAUCAUUGGUGGAACCUCUGGCAGAGAAAAAGAAGUUGAUGGAUACCAUAGCCAAAAUGGUGCCAAGGCAGGGUCAACUUCUUCUGCACAAAGGCUCAACGUAGUUCACGUUGAAACAUUGAGCAAUGAAGCAAGUGUCACUGAGAAGCAUGGCUGUGAUAUGAGAAGUGAAGAAUGUCAAAAUACGCAAGAGGCAAAAUUCACCAGUGCUGAUCAUGACCAUCGUGUUAGAGGUGGCUUUGGUUCUGAUAUUGAUGGUGUUGGCACGGCAACUAUGGUGGAGAGAGAUGCUGCUGUAGGCACUGAGCGAGUUCUUGAAACUGAAAGUCCUGUAAAUCAGGGUGAACAGAAUAUUGAUUUGAACAAGUGUUUAGAUGGGGACACAAUGCAAAUUGAUGAUGAUGAUGACCAUGUACAAGAAACGGAGGAGCAUGCUCAAAAACCUUCUCAUGAAGGCUUACAUCAUUCACAAUCAAAUAAUCCUUCAGACACUCAAAAGACCAUUGAGGAUACAGAAGCUGGAGGCACAAUCAGAACAGCAGAUCUUUUGACUUCGGAAGUGGCUGGUAGUCGGGCUUGCAGUACAGCCCCUUUCUUGCAUGGAGAAAAUGAAUCUCCAAGAAGCAAAGAUAAUAAUGAAGGUUCAGGAGCAUUGCAUGAUUCAAUUAUCGUAGUGGCUGUGGCUGAGAGUCAGAACACAACUUCUGAUGCUGCAGUUGCCAGACAGAAUGAACGACGAGUACUAAGUGAGAUGAUUGGCAUUGUUGCUCCCGAUUUGAGGGAGCAAUUUGAAGGUUCUGCAUAUGAUUGUGACCAAGAGAGAGAAAACCAUGGUGGUUCAUCUGACUCAGAUACUAAGAGUUGUAGCAACACUAGCAUUGAUAACAGAGCUGAUGCAAAGGGUGGAUCAAUAUCUGAUGAAGAAACUCAGCUUAGUGACCAUGAUGAGGAGGAUCAAAAGCAGGGUGAUGCCAUGGAUAACGAUGAUGAAGACACUGAAGAAGAUUGAUUUUUUUGCAUAGUUGUAGGUUGUACAAAGAUAUUUGGGUAUACAAGUUGUACAGAUUCCUGUAUUUUUGCAAUUACCCCCCCCCCCCCCCCCCUCCCCUCCCUUCCGGUCACUGUAAUUAUAUUUAAGGCAUUUUUUUGUAUUUAAUGUAGGGUUUUCCUGUCAUUUUGCUUCAUAAAAUGCAAAUAUGAUAGCAAGUUAUGAAAUGAUAGUUAGUAACAGGCUUCAAGUAAGUCCAUCUAGGGAACGUACAGAACCAUUAUGAUUGUCUUUCCAAGCAUGUUAAAGUAUCAGUUUGUUGAAUA